UGAAGAAAACACGCGUCUAUUUCGACGCGAUUCACGAUGACACUUGUGUUACCACUGACCUUGCUCUGUAUCAUUCAUCAAGUAUAAUUAAUAACAAGUUUAUUGAUCCUCUGAGGAAGAAUAAAAUAAAUAAUUUAUCACCGUUUUAUAAACAAAAGUCCUCAGGUUAUUAUUUAAAUGAGUAUGAUGAUAAUUAUAAAAUGCGUGGUGACAGAAAUAAAUAUAAAAAAGUUUGUCAUUAUUUCAAUUUAAUUACUAUUUUUGCUUUGGUGAUUAUCGGUUCGCAAUCGGUAAAUGCUAAACCAGAGGUAUUUACAAAUGCUUUUUUGGUAAAGAUGAAACAACCCCUCGUUAGAGAUAUCGCUGAUCAGGUGGCUCAGCGAAAUGGAUUUCUUAAUCUUGGUCCGGUUUUGGGCAGCCAGACAGAUUAUCAUUUCGUUCACAAUGCUCUACCGCAUGCAAGAACUAAAAGAUCCGUACCUCAUACAAGACGGCUUAAGAUAGAUCCUUUGGUUCACACAGCAGUACAGCAGAUGGGUUUCAAACGAGUAAAAAGGGGAUAUCGUCCUUUAAGUGUGGAUAAUCUCGUGCCAUCAUACGACAGAAAGUUAAUUAAGGAGCAAGCAAGCCAGGAUCCAACGGACCCAUACUUUCAAUACCAAUGGUAUCUUAAAAACACUGGACAAAAUGGGGGAAAACCUAGACUUGACCUUAACGUCGAGGUAGCAUGGGCUCAGGGUGUUACCGGAAAAAAUGUUACGACUGCUAUAAUGGACGACGGUGUUGAUUAUAUGCAUCCAGAUUUAAAAUUUAAUUACAAUGCAGAAGCAUCGUACGAUUUUAGUAGUAAUGAUCCUUAUCCAUAUCCUCGAUAUACAGAUGACUGGUUCAAUAGUCAUGGAACAAGAUGUGCUGGAGAAGUGGCUGCAGCGCGUGAUAAUGGGGUUUGUGGAGUUGGGGUAGCGUAUGAUUCUAAAGUUGCUGGAAUUCGUAUGCUAGAUCAGCCGUACAUGACUGAUUUGAUUGAAGCAAAUAGUAUGGGUCAUGAACCAGAUCUUAUUGAUAUCUACAGCGCUUCAUGGGGGCCUACUGACGAUGGAAAAACCGUAGAUGGCCCGAGAAAUGCAACUAUGCGAGCUAUCGUCCGAGGAGUUAAUGAAGGUCGUCGAGGAUUAGGGAAUAUUUAUGUAUGGGCGUCGGGUGACGGUGGUGAAGAAGAUGAUUGCAAUUGUGAUGGUUAUGCAGCAAGUAUGUGGACAAUUAGUAUUAAUAGUGCAAUAAAUGUUGGACAAAAUGCUCAUUAUGAUGAGAGCUGCUCGAGUACACUCGCAUCGACAUUCAGUAAUGGUGCUAAAGAUCCAAAUACUGGAGUGGCGACAACAGACCUUUAUGGAAAAUGUACAACAACACAUAGUGGCACGUCAGCUGCCGCACCAGAAGCUGCUGGAGUAUUUGCAUUGGCACUUGAAGCGAACCCACAGCUUACAUGGAGAGAUAUCCAACAUCUAACAGUAUUAACGUCUAAAAGAAAUUCUCUUUUCGAUGCAAAAGGUCGAUUUCAUUGGACUAUGAAUGGUGUGGGGCUUGAAUUUAAUCAUUUAUUCGGUUAUGGUGUUCUUGAUGCUGGUGCUAUGGUUGCUUUGGCUAAAAAAUGGCAAACAGUUCCUCCAAGGUAUCACUGUCAAGCUGGAUCCGUUUUAACAAAUUUAAAAAUAACGCAAGAUAAUUCAAUUCAGCUGAAAAUAAAAACUGACGCGUGUGCUGGUACUGAAUCAGCCGUCAACUAUCUUGAGCAUGUACAGGCAGUAAUUACUGUAAACAGUACGCGACGGGGUGAUUUAGAGCUCUUCCUAACUUCACCCAUGGCAACCAGGUCAAUGAUUUUGAGUAAACGAGUAAAUGAUGAUGAUCAUCGUGAUGGAUUUACCAGGUGGCCAUUUAUGACUACACAUACUUGGGGUGAAUAUCCCCAAGGAACAUGGUUACUUGAGGUAAGAUUUAAUUCGGAAACACCACAGCAUGGAUGGAUAAAAGAAUGGACGUUAAUGCUUCAUGGUACCAGCGAGGCACCCUACACUGGAUUACCCGUUGCCGAUCCACAUUCAAAACUAGCCGUCGUUAAGAAAGCUCAUGAAGAGCGUUCAAGUGCGAUGUAACGAUUCUUCCCAUUGCUAUAAAAUUAUAUUUAAAAUUUAAACGGUAGAAUUUUUAUUUCAUACCAACACUGACCCGAACCAAAUAUUCAAAAAAUGAUUAAAAUCGAUCUAUAA